AUGACAUCCCUGCUUGCUAUCGCCCUCUUCUGGCUGAUGACUGGAAUUUCGGCUCAGACCUAUAAAAAUGUUGCACUUCGAGGCCGGGCCACACAGUCCUCUAUAUUCUACAACUUUGACAUGGGCUACCUCUCCAAUGCUAUCAACGCCAUUGAUGGAAACUUAAACUCAAAAUUCGGAUUUGGAUCAUGUUCCAGCACUAACAACGAUUACUCGGCCUGGUGGAGAGUGGACUUACUGGAGCCUCAUAAGAUCUCUCACAUAAUUAUCACUAACAGAGGAGACUGCUGUGGAGACUGGCUGAAUGGUGGACUAAUUCUUGUUGGAAAUUCAGAUGAGAACAAUGGAAAUAAUAACCCAAGUUGUGGGGAGAUUAGCGUCAUUUCAACCGGCUCCACUCAAACCUUCCAGUGUAACGGGAUGAUCGGCCAGUUUGUGAACAUCAUCUUACCCGGGAAACAGCAGUAUCUUCAGCUCUGUGAAGUCCAGGUCUUUGGAGUUCCUGUGGCCAUCUUACCAAUACCCAACCUAGAAUAA